AUGCCGAGCAUCUUCUGGUUCAAUUCCAGGGAGAUCUAUUUCAGUUCCUGCCUCACCCUUCUGUGCGUCUCAGUGAUAGAGUCUGGGAUCUUCGUGGCAAUGGUGUUUGAUCCCUACGUGGUCAUCUGCCAUCCCCUGAGACAUUCCACCAUCCUGACAAACCCCAUUGUGGUUAGGAUUGUCUUCUGUAUGGUGCUGCAUGCAACCUUGCUCACACUGCCCUUUCCAUACCUGGCAGGGCAUUGGCUCUACUGCAGAACCAACAUCAUCCCUGAGCCAUUCUGUGAGCACAUCGCUAUGAUGAGCGUGGCCUGUGGCGAUACCCACGCCAACAGUUACUACGGCCUCUUUGUGGUUUUCAUGGUUAAUGGUCUGGAUGUGAUUUUAAUUACCAUGUCCUACAUCCAGAUCCUCCGGGCCAUCUUCAGACUCCCCACAAAGGACAACCAACUCAAGACUUUUGAAACGUGCACCUCCCACCUCUGCCCAAUUGUAGCCUUUUACAUCCCAGGUCUCUUCCUCUCCCUCUUGCACCGCUUUGUACAGAAUGUGCCUCUGCAUUUCCACGUCCUUCUUACCAAUCUGUGA